AUGCCAAGCCUGGGAACUUACGGGCCGGGCUGGACAAUGAGAUAUUGGCAACAAAUUUAUAAACAAUGUGCAUAUCGACAACAAAUGUAUAGACAACAACAACAAACAGAUAUACAGAAAUGA